CGCGCGGCUGGCGGGAGGUUGGGUGGGGGGGAGGCUCCGCAGCGGCCGUGAUGCUCUUCUACUCCUUCUUUAAGUCCCUGGUGGGGAAGGACGUGGUGGUGGAGCUCAAGAACGAUCUCAGCAUCUGUGGGACCCUGCACUCAGUGGAUCAGUACCUCAACAUUAAGCUGACGGACAUCAGCGUCACAGACCCCGAGAAGUACCCGCACAUGCUGUCGGUCAAGAACUGCUUCAUCCGGGGCUCCGUGGUUCGCUACGUGCAGCUCCCGGCGGACGAGGUGGACACGCAGCUGCUGCAGGACGCGGCCCGCAAGGAGGCGCUGCAGCAGAAGCAGUGAUUGCGGCUGGAAC